CGAGAGCUGCUAAUUGAGAUUUCUAAUGCUGCUGACCCCUUAAGGGCACAAGCUCUGGCAACUCUGACUCAGUCAGACAGCGUGUAGAGAGAGAGAGAGAGAGGGCAGGCGAACUGCGCGCUCUACAUUACCUCCUGUGUACAGUGCUGGAACACUUUCCACCGGCAGAGCAGUCCUAUUACCAGGACCAGAACGGCUUUAGACUAAAAACGUUUUCUUCUGUGUUCCAAGUGUGUAAACAUCCCUCUUCCCGCCGAGAUUUUUGUGUUGUUUACUUUGGAUUUAACUGUGUAGCGCACUUGUGACGGCCAAGGUAUGCAGUCUGAAGGCUUGAAGGAGCUGUUAUCAGGUACUGCCGACUCCUGAUUCUGCCAACGGUUUACAAAUUGCAGCAGAUUUUUUUUUGCUGCAGUAGUUAUAUUUCACAGGGAUUGCUGGCCAAAAAGGAGGGAAAUUUUCUGGGAGCAAGCAGCUAGCACUAAGCAGGAACGAACCUUUCCUGGAGAGUUAGAGAGAGGGAUUGGAAACUUCUUGGAGCUCAAACUCUUCCUGGUAUCACUCUACCCGUGCUCUCGCCCUCCCUUCGGGCAAUGGUGGCAUCAGCCUCCCACUCACACAGGUGAUUUUUCAGAUGUGCUUGAGACUGUAACUCAUCCCGCCUGAUGUAAAGACACUCGAAGAAUUUCUGGAAGCCUUUAUCUUGUCACUGUGUCCCGAGGGGAACGAUAAUUGGUGGGGUUUAAUUGUGCAUCGUCACACGAGUAUCUUGAUGGAGUGAGACUCUGUGUGGAUCAACCAACUAUUGUAAGCAAGCGCUGAGGUACUGGUUCUACAGUUUGUAAUUGUCCUGGGAUUGCUCAGAAACUUCUCAAGGAGCAAACCUCCAGCAAUUCAAGAGCUCGAAUGCAGAUCCUUGCCAAUGACUGCACACAACACUAAAGUACAAAAGAGAAGUUGGGGUGCCUUCAUCAUCCCACCCUACCAAUGAAUGCCCAGAGCAGCUGAGCUAUCAAGAUUUAUAACUACUUUGAAAUUUCAACUAAAGGAAGAGGAAUGAGCUACAUGCUGUGCAAACUGUGUCUCUGCUUGUUCACCCUCAGUACACUCACUGUGUCAAGGCCGACUGUAUCACAAUUGGAAGAAAAAAAUUCACAACUAGUAUUGUUGGGCAGUGAAGCAGCAGAACCCCAGGACCAUAUCCUCCUAGACCUUCAUGAUGGGCUCAAACUGACAUGUGGCACCAAUCGAACCGAGAACAUCAACUGGUACAAAGAGGAUAAGCAGAUCCUGCCCAGUGACAGAGUGCACAUAGCGCGGAAGGUUCUAGAAAUUGUAGAGACUACAUACAAUGACUCUGGCCUAUACCUAUGUGUGGUGCGUGGAACGGGCGAGAUUCUAAAAAACUUCACGGUGACUAUAGCAGACUCUUUGUCUUCCGGAGAUGAUGAUGAAGACGGUGGAUCUGAAGAUUCAGCUUCAGAAACCAGUGAUGGUCACUCAUUUCCUCAAAAAGGAACUCCCUACUGGACACACUUUGAGCGAAUGGAGAAGCGCCUACAUGUGGUUCCAGCAGCAAAUACAGUGAAAUUUCGCUGCCCAGCAGCUGGAAAUCCUCUUCCCACCAUACGCUGGCUGAAGAAUGGCAGGGAAUUCAGGGGAGAGCAGCGGAUUGGAGGAAUUAAGCUACGCCAUCAGCGCUGGAGCCUGGUGAUGGAGAGUGUUGUACCUUCUGACCGUGGUAACUAUACUUGUGUGGUGGAGAACAAGUAUGGCAGCAUUAAUCACAGUUACCAAUUAGAAGUUCUGGAACGGUCUCCUCACCGGCCGAUCCUGCAGGUUGGCCUUCCAGCUAACAAAUCUGCAGUGGUAGGCAGCAAUGUGGAGUUUCACUGCAGAGUUUUCAGUGAUGCCCAGCCUCACAUCCAAUGGCUGAAACACGUGGAGGUGAAUGGCAGUAGAUAUGGACCUGAUGAGGCUCCAUAUGUUCAAGUUUUAAAGACUGCCGAUAUUAACAGCACUGAAAUUGAAGUCCUCUACUUGCAUAAUGUCACAUUUGAAGAUGCAGGGAAGUACACCUGUUUGGCAGGCAAUUCUAUUGGGAUCUCUUACCACUCAGCCUGGCUGACAGUUUUACCAGAGGAAGAGCCUCCGAAAAUAAUUGACUCCUCCGGGACAAAGUACACUGAUAUCCUGAUUUAUGCUGCUACAUCUCUGGCUAUCAUCUUGUCAGUGGUCAUCGUUAUACUGUGCAGGAUGCAGGCAAGGUCCACCAAAAGGGCCUUUGACCCACUGCCUGUGCAGAAACUCUCCAAAUUCCCUUUUAAAAGACAGUUUUCACGAGAAUCAAACUCUUCAAUGAAGUCAAAUGCCUCUCUUGUUAGGGUGGCACGCCUAUCCUCCAGUGGUACACCCAUGUUGGCAGGCGUUGUGGAGUUUGAGUUACCAAUGGACCCAAAAUGGGAAUUCCAUCGUGAUAAACUGGUACUGGGGAAACCCCUUGGAGAGGGUUGCUUUGGGCAGGUAGUUAAAGCAGAGGCCUAUGGAAUAAACAAGGACAACCCAGACAAACCAAUUACUGUGGCAGUGAAAUCACUGAAAGAUGACGCUACAGAGAAAGAUCUGGCAGAUCUUAUCUCGGAGAUGGAGAUGAUGAAGAUGAUGGAUAAGCAUAAAAAUAUAAUUAACUUGCUUGGUGCCUGCACACAGGAUGGUUUGCUGUAUGUAAUUGUGGAGUAUGCAGCAAAAGGCAACUUGCGGGAAUACCUCAGGGCUCGGCGGCCACCUGGCAUGGAUUACAACUUUCACAUCACAAAGGUGCCGGAAGAACAACUAACAUUUAAAGAUCUGGUGUCCAGUGCUUACCAAGUGGCACGGGGCAUGGAAUAUUUAGCAUCUAAAAAGUGUAUCCAUCGUGACUUGGCAGCCAGGAAUGUGCUGGUAACUGAAGACAAUGUCAUGAAAAUUGCAGACUUUGGUCUGGCACGAGGUGUGAACAACAUUGACUAUUACAAGAAAACCACAAAUGGUCGCUUGCCAGUAAAGUGGAUGGCGCCAGAGGCCUUAUUUGAUAGAGUGUAUACACACCAGAGUGACGUAUGGUCAUUUGGAGUCUUGAUGUGGGAAAUCUUCACAUUAGGUGGCUCUCCCUAUCCAGGAAUCCCUGUAGAAGAACUCUUCAAACUUCUCAAAGAAGGCCAUCGAAUGGACAAGCCAUCAAACUGUACACAUGAGCUGUAUUUGCUGAUGAGGGAGUGCUGGCAUGCAGUGUCUUCCCAAAGACCAACAUUCAAACAACUGGUGGCAGAACUUGACAAGAUCUUGAGUUCUAUAUCAGAUGAGUAUUUGGACCUCUCGACCCCCUUUGAGCAAUAUUCUCCCUCGUGCGAGGACAGCAACAGUACAUGUUCUUCUAAUGACUCUGUCUUUGCCCAUGAGCCUUUGUCCGAUGACCCGUGCUUACUCAACUACCGUGAUUGUAACACUCGAAGCAGGACUUGAGAGAAUUGUCAUUCUGCAACUGGCUCAGUAUCAUUGAUUCCCCUGUAAUUCACCAAGGCAGCAUAUUGGGGAUGGUCCGAAAAUGGAUUGAAACUGAUUUUUCCCUAAAACCUGCUUCUUCCUGGAAAGGUGCAAAAUGUCCUUCUGAGGAAGAAAAUUCCUUGCCAUGGCAAGUCUGUGUAAAACCAUUAUGACCUUCAUUGGUUCUGACUUGUCAUGAUUCUUGCCUUCUGAGACUGAUGACUAUGACAAUAAAAGCCAUAUUUGAAUCAAGAGAAGCCCUAUGUAUUCGGGUAUUGGCUAACAGCAGAGCUCCCUAUGAAAGGAGCACUGUGCUUUUCCUUUUAUGGCAAUUAUAUCGAUUCUUUGCCAUGUGACAUUAGCAAAGGAGCUGCUGCAUCACAGCUUGAUGAUGUAUGGCAGUGAAGGAGCAUAAACUCAGCCACACCAGUGACCAUAAGUUACCUGGAACAGAAUCCAUCUAGUCAAGAAAGAAGAGACUGAAAAGCAAUUAAAAUGGCCACUCAUGAAGAUGCAACCCAUAAAUAAAAGUAUUCAUCAAACUGAGAUCUUAUCACUUGCUUCAAAGUUUAAUGUAAACUUCCACGAUUGGAACAGAUGAAGUGAAAGAUUUGCUAUUGUGAAAAUCCUGGACUUGGAUUUCCGGUCAAAGGAUCAAGACUAUCAUCCAGUGAUAACAUUAUUAAUAGCACUAUCCACUGCACUCAUUACCUAAUGAAAUUGUAUCAUUUGGUGUCAUGAAUUUUUUAAACAAAUUUUGUUUUGAUCUUGAUUACUGCAGGAGAACAAAGCUAUGGAGAAGAUGGAGUGCUUUUGGCAAUUAUUUUACCUGAUCCUUGCAGAAUAUUUCAACCAGCCAUAUUGAAAUGAAAAUUCUACAAUAACCAAAUUGCAGAAAUGACAUACCAAUUCUGGAAUGCCUGGAGUCCUGUGCAAAGAUCUUCAAAGGACAAUAACCCAUUUUUUAAAUAUCUUUGUAUCUAGAUAAGCCAAUAGCCAUCAAAAUAAAUAUUAUAAUUCUAAUGUUUACCAGUCUUACAGAGCUGGUGCAGAUCCUCAGGGGAUUUUCAAGGAACAGCCUGUUCUGAUGAUCCAGUGACCAAGUUCACUGCGAAUGUCCCUUGAAUGAUUUGUAUGUUUAGUUCAAACUUAUUUGCUCGUUUUGUUUUAAAAGGGAAGUGUAUCUGAAGCACCAGACACAAUUGGCAAUAUAAUAGCAAUCAGUCAUCCAGCUGGGUCACUGUAUCCACUUUCACCUAUAAACACAGCAAUUAGUCUCACUAGACCAAUUACCAUAGCAACUGUUCUUUGUAGAAAAUUGAAUUAAUUUUACUGUGUGAAUGGACAAGUUUGGGAACAGCUGGCCCAGCUGUUUGUAGCAAUGGUUAUCCAGAUAAUCAUUGGUUUACUGUUUUAUACCCUGCAGAAAACUCUAACAUAGAUAAAGAUUUGUAUCUGAAAUUUUCUGUAAGUGGCAUAUCCAAAAUUUUUUGGCAGUCAUACUUCCUUUUCUGGUUAUUAGUGUCAAUAUUUUUGUGGCCUAGGAUUAAUUACAGUAGCUAUUGGAGACAUCUGCAGAAAAAAAAAUUGGAUUUUGCAUGUUUUUCUUUGAGUAAUUGCCUUUUUUUGUUGUUUGCCCAUUCCCUGUUCUCUUGCACUGUGAGGAGGGAGAACAAUCAGCCUGAGAGUGUAGUUACUUUUCACUCCAAUUUUACCUUUUUCCUGCUCUGGGGGUUCCCUAACUGCUCCAUACAGUGAAGAGAUCCAGAUUAGCAAUUUAUGGGAAAUGGGGUGAAGGGUGAUUGAGUAACAAAUCAAUGUCCCAGUGUUCCAGGAGCCAGGGUCAAGGCUCUGAAAUGCUUCAGCAGAAACAGUUUUUUUUGCUUGGCAUUCUGAAAGAUAGUGGGAAGUAGGAAUCUUCAUAGUUGGCUUAUAUCAUGGAAACAGGCAUCUCUGUGAGCAUCAACAUCAUGUCUGGGCAGAGACCACACAAUUAAAACAGUGCUUCUGUUUGGAUGCUAAGCUGCUGCUGUUUGCCAAGUUUAUGUAUUAAUAAUAAUCUUAAAAUCAGCAACCAGGGUUCCAAAACCUGGUGAGUGAUGAAAAGUUAGGUUUUCUGCAGUAUUUGUAAAUAGGGUGCCAUACAACUGGGUAAGAAUGAGAUUUUCAUAUUAUGACCUCAGGACCCUUGACUAUGUGACCAGCAGAGUUACCACACAAUGCCUGAAUUAUCGUCCUCUUCUGUCAAUCACAUUUCUUGUAAAUAUGAUUGAAUUGAAUGUAGCUGUACAGAGUAUCUUACAUUGGCAUGUUUAUUGCAAACAAAUUGUUGCUUUUUAUAAAUUAUUUUUCUUUCUGAAACUGCUAUUGCAAUGAAAUGCCUUUCUUCACCAUCAUGGUUGAAGAAUCUUGGGAUUUAGUUUAUCAGGGCAGAGAUUUAUAGUACUUGUGUACAAUAAAAUGCAUGAUUUUAUGAAAGGGCAAAAAAGUUGGAAGCACAAGUCUGAAAGCUUAUUGCCUCUGUUCAUUAUGUUGCUGAAGGUGCCUCAGUUUCUGGAUGACUGACAUCUUCGGUAUCAACAAAAGUUUGUUUAAAAAAAAUGAAUGCUGGUUCUUUUCCUACUCUUUCCCCUUUUAUUUUGCAUUCACCUUGGAGCUGCUUGGUGCUUCAGGGUGGAUUCUUACAGCAGUUAAAGUGAGAUAAUAAGAAGGAAGAGUAUUAUUUAUGGUCAGGACUAGAAUGAAACAAAAUCUGGAUGGUUGUGACAGCAUUAAACCUGGACAAACAGAAGGAAGCAGAAGUGUGGUAGAGCUCUUUAUCAUCCUGGUGUGUAUAGGAUGCUAUUUGAGAAUUGAGAGUUUUAGGUUUGCAAUUGCCUCAUCACAUCUCACCACUCAUACUGACGGUUACCAGUGAGCCCCCACCACUGUCACUGGAAUUACAAAGAAUAGCAGCAUACCUUUUGCCACCAUUUAUGCAAAUCAAACUCUUAAAUUACCCAACAUAAAAUCAGAAAGUGCUGGAAUACUCCACCGGCCAGAUGAUCUCUCCUGCUCUCGCUCCUUUUCAGCAGCCUGAAAGUUUAAUUCUGUUUCUCUUUCCACUAAUGCUGCCUGGCCGCAGAGGAAUUUCAUCAAUUUCUGUUUUGAUUUCAGAUUCCUGGCCUCUGCAGUUGAUUUAAAAUGCCUGUUUCAGUCCAAAAAAGGGAAUUACUAUUUCCUUGCUUUUGUCCCCCUUUCCCCUCAGCCAUUCUCCAGAAAUUGGUUCAGAAUAAGAACACAAGAAACAGAAUCUGUAAUGGAAUAUCUGGCACCUUCAGCAUGCUCCACUGAUUCAGUGGGGUCAUGGCUAAACUGCUACACUAAUACACCUCCUUGCCCUCUCCACAUGUGCACACCUGUUGACCAAGGCAAACCAGUGACCAAACUAGCAGCAUUCCAUUCUUUUCAACAUGUGACUCAUAUUUCUGUUAUCAUAAAUUAUUAUUUAUUUUCAUUCCCUUACAGCAUACCAGUUCUAAAGGCAAAACCCAGAGGUGUACAGCCAUUGAGGCAUUCCAUAGUUUUGAUUUGCUCACUAUAAUAUUUUACUUUAUGUUCCCUUAAUUCACGGUUCUUUUGCCUAGUUCAAAACUGAAGGUGAAUAAAUGGGAAUGGCCCAGGACUGCCAUGUUCUGAGGAUCCUGGAAGGACUUGGACCAUUAUUCCAUGUAGUAAUUUCAGUGGGAUUAGUUUAGUACUGAGGGCCUUCAAGGUUGAAAGGUGAUUAGAUUUCUCAAAGGAUCUGCUUGCUAGUGUUAAUAAUUGGAAUUGAGUUUGUCCUGCUGCUAUAUACUGGAUUUGCCAAGGCUGAUGCCAGCUAAUUAUUGUAGCCUGCUCUUAAUGGAGCUGAUGCCUAUAAGUUAUUGUGCUCCGGUCAUGCAAGGCUGUUGCUACCCAAUAGUUAAACAUUUAUGUGGCAACAGUGCCAAGGAGGUUUUAGAAUUUAUAACAAAGUGGGGAAUAAACCAGAAAUUCAACAAAUAUUGUCACUAAUGAACAUAUUUUAUACUACUUUGAAUGGAAUCUUUCAUUGCAGGGUGAUUAUUGCAUUAAAAGAACAGUUUUUAUAUUAGAUUAAUAAUUUUAUCAGUAAUAUUGUUUAAAUGUUAAUCAAUUAUAUUGUAAGUGAAAUACAGAAGAAUACAUGCAGUUUCUUUAGUGAGUGUACAUUUUUAAAAGUGCACAGCACCUUGUGUGCAAUCAUCCUAUUGUUGAACUGGGCAGAGCAUUUUUAAGAAUCAAUUUCCUCAAUAGAAUGUAUUCUGAUGUCAUUCAUUGUGAAUGAACAUAACACCAAAUGCAUGUGGUACUUAUAUAUCAACCUCUUUCCUAUGACAAUCCUAUCUUGGUGAUGCAUACACAUAACCAAAAUUCUCAGUGUUUCUUACAAACAUCAAUAUCAUCAAUGCUAAUUCUCAGUCUCAUGGCCGCAGUAACACCAUCUUUUCUUGUACAUUCUGUUCCUUUGUCAUACAUAUGUGCCAUUAUUUGCACGAUAAAUUAGUACAAAGGAAAUAGUUUUUGUAUGUGUGGACUCUGAAUGACAUAGACAUAUGUCACACCAGAUUUGAAAUGUCGGCUGUCUCAUCUGACCCCCAGGUUACAUGUCACCCUAAUAUCACCACUGCUAUUGCCUGGAUCAGUUCUUAAGGCAGUCACAUCACCAAAUGGAAUAUUGGAUACUUCUAGGAGGAUAUUCCACUGAGCCAGAAUGAAGGACAAUGAUCACUCAAAUACAAUUUUGAUGUUGGGGGGCAGGGGGGAGGAAAGAGAAAUGGAAUUUUUCCCAACUGGCACAUUUUAACCCAAUGUCAUUGAGAUAAUUCAUUGAUGAGAACAUUCCAGAAAACAACUAACAUUUUAUCAGUAUGUAAAAAAAAAUGUAUUUUUACAAUUCACAGAAUUACACCUAAUUUAUUGUGUUUUAUGAAAGAAAUUAUAUAUUCUAGGUUGAAGGUCUCAUCUUCCUUGAAAUACUAUUUGAAGAUGUUUGAAGGCCUGCUCCACAGUAGUAAUUUGUCACUUCUAAGUUUUUGGAAGUACAAGAUAAUUAAAAUCAAUCGGAGUCAAUUAAAUAAUUCUUCCCUUUUAACAUUCGAUUUAAUCUGUGGAAGUUUCCUAGUCUAUAUUCUGCAAUAUGUAAAAGGUCAUAGAACAAGACUGACCAACUGAACCUUGUCUGCGUACUUCAUGUAUUCAGUUAAUAAACUUUCCAAUUUUAGGGCCAAAUAAAGACAUUUAAGAUG